UUCAAUUAAUAGGCCCAAAUAUACAAGACUCUCUUUUCUCCAUUCUGAUUCGAGCUCGUCAAUACAGAUACAUUUUAACAGGCGACAUAGAAAAAAUGUAUCGCCAAAUUUUAAUUGAUGAAGAGCACCGAAAUCUUCAAUUAAUAUUAUGGAGAGAAGAUGAGUCUUUGCCUUUAGAAACACUUCAACUAAAUACUGUUACUUACGGUUUUGCAAGUGCCAGCUAUUUGAGUACUCGUUGCCUUUGGCAACUGGGGGAGGAAUGCGAGGACGAACAAAUUAAAAAUAUUAUACAACAUGAUUUUUACGUUGAUGACUUAAUAACCGGUUCCGACAACGAAGAAGAUUUACUUUACAUUCAAAAUUCUGUAUCUGAGGCAUUAAAAAAAGGUUGUUUUAACUUACGAAAAUAUAGAUCUAAUUCUAAAACUAUUUAUCAAUCAUCUACUAUUGAUUUUACUGACAAUUUAAGCAUAAGUGAGUCAUCAAGUACUUUGGGCUUAGGAUGGAAUCCCACUUCUGAUACUUUUAAUUUUCCUAUUCAAAACCCAUCAUACAAAAACUGUUUAACUAAAAGACUAAUUUUAUCAUCAUCUUUUAAAAUUUUUGACCCGCUUGGAUUAUUAAGUCCUUGCAUUAUUAAACCUAAAAUGAUUAUGCAGUUAUUGUGGCUCAAGAAAGUAGGAUGGGAUGAUCCCGUUCCUGAGGAUGUAAAACUAUCAUGGGAAAAAUUUGCAAAUAAUCUAGAUGCUCUAUCUAAUAUUCAAAUUCCAAGACUCACACUCUGUGAAUCACCGGUUCAUAUCGAACUGCAUUCCUUUAGCGAUGCCUCUCAAUCUGCUUAUGGUGCAUGUAUUUACUUAAGAUCAAUAAACCAAAACGGCUACGCUACUGUUAAGUUAUUGUGUGCCAAGUCAAAGGUAGCACCUUUGAAACCGACCACCAUACCUCGCCUAGAACUAAGCGCGGCAUUACUAAGUGCGAGAUUAGUGAAAACCACUUUGUGCUCUUUAAGAUGUCAGGUGAUCCGUCUCGUCCACUGGUGCGAUUCAACUGUCGUUCUUGGUUGGCUUCAAAGUAACGCACGAACACUUAAAACGUUUGUAGCCAAUCGAACAGUCGAAAUAUGCGAACUCACGAAUGCAGCUUCAUGGCGCUAUGUACCAACAGUGGAUAAUCCAGCCGAUAUGAUAUCGCGAGGUGUUGACCCACAUCUAAUAAAGGAUUUAGAGUUAUGGUGGUCCGGACCCCAAUUUCUCUCUAAACCUGAAUGCGAAUGGCCACAAUUAAAGGAUAGUUCCAAUCUCCCUCUACCAGAACUGGAAAUAAAAUCACAUACCGUUAAAAUUGAACCUGUUGAAUCUUUCAUACAAAUGGAAAAUUAUUCUAAAUUUACUAACCUAAAACGAGUCACAGCUUACAUAUUGAGAUUUAUACACAACAUUAAAAAUCCUAAAUCUAAAACAAUCGGUAAUUUAACUAUUGACGAAUUAACUAACUCAUUUAAUUUUUUAUGUAUAGUAGCUCAAAAACAAUCUUUUCCGAAUGAAUAUGCCACUCUAACGAAAAACAAACAACUAAAUUCUAAAUCAAACAUUCUCUCUUUGUCUCCUUUCAUCGACGAUCACAACUUGAUUAGAGUAGGCGGUCGAAUAGAUGCUUCUAGUUUAAGUUAUGAUCAAAGGCAUCCAAUCCUUCUGCAUUCAUCCCAUUAUCUAACAAAACUUAUUUUCAAUUAUUACCACAUUUAUAAUUUACAUGCUGGUCCACAAUUACUGCUUGCUUCUGUACGACAACUUAUUUGGCCUAUUCAUGGCAGGCGGCUCGCUAGAAACACAGUACAGAAAUGCGUCAUGUGCAGACGAGUUCAAGGUAAAACUCUCAAUCCUCUUAUGGGAAAUUUGCCAGCACAGCGCAUAACUCUGGAUUUUCCAUUUAGAUCCGUAGGUGUAGAUCUGGCCGGCCCAUUUAUGACGCUAAAUAGAAAAGGUCGUGGCGCUCGACUUGUAAAAACCUAUCUUUGCCUAUUCAUAUGCCUGCGUUACAAAUGUUUACACUUAGAAGCGGUCAGUGACUUGACGAAAGAUGCUCUCUUAAUGACGUUUCGUAGAAUGAUCAGUAGACGUGGAAAACCAGCGGAAUUUUUCUCGGAUAAUGGAAAGAACCUGGUCGGUGCUGCUAAUGACAUUAAGAAAUUCCUAAAACAAAACAAGGAAUCUAUUAUCGAAUUUGCAACUCAAGAACAAAUCAAAUUUAUAUUCUCACCGUCUUAUGCUCCUCACUUUGGUGGCAUUUGGGAAGCUGGCGUGAAAUCCGCGAAACAUCAUAUUAAACGCGUAAUGGGUAAUACACAUUUGACGUUCGAAGAAAUAAGUACAUUAUUUGCACAAGUCGAAGCUAUACUUAACAGUCGUCCCCUGUGUCCAUUAUCUCCUUCUCCAAACGACUUCCUAGCCCUUACUCCAGGGCAUUUUCUGAUUGGUCGUCCUAUCACUUCACUGCCGUCACCCGAUCUAACUGACCAUAAUUCAAGCAGUCUGCAGCGCUACGCACGGCUUGAGCAAAUCAGACAACAUUUUUGGAACCGUUGGAACAAAGAAUAUGUCUCCGAAUUACAAAACCGACUCAAGUGGCGCACCAACGACGGCCCCAAGCUCAAAAUUGGUGACCUUGUUUUAAUACAUGAAGAGUACGUGCCUCCACUUUCCUGGCGAAUGGGACGAGUUACACGGAUGUUCCCAGGACGUGACGGAGUUUCCAGAGUCGUCGACAUAAACACCACCAAAGGAAGCUUAAGAAGACCACUAACCCGAAUUUGUCCAUUGCUGCCUGAUUAGUGUUUGUAGAAAGACAAGCCUUUCUACGCGGGGGAGGAUGUCAACGCCGCAAUGUUA